AUGCUCAUUCGCUCUUUCACGAGCUCUCUCAUGCGCUCUUUCACGCGCUCUCUCACGCACUCUCUCACGCGCUCUCUUACGCGCUCUUUCACGCUCUCUCACGCGCUCUUUUACGCUCUCUCACGCGCUCUCACAUGCACUCUCAGGCACACUCUCACACGCUCUCUCUUGCGCACUCUCACGCGCAUUCUCUCUCUCACGCACACCCUCACGCGCAUUCUCUCUCGUGCACUCUCACGCGCAUUCUCUCUCUCUCACGCACUCACUCACGCGCUCUCUCACGCGCGUCUCUCACGCACACUCUCACUAGCACUCUCACGCUCUAACACGCGCUCUCUCGUGCGCUCUCUCACGCGCUUCUCUCACACGCUCACUCACGCGCAUCUCACGCACACCCUCACGCACUCUCUCACGAGCUCACUCACGCUCUCACACGCGCUCUCUCACAUGCUCUCUCAUACGCAAUCUCACGCGCUCUCUCACGCGCUUUCUCAUGCUCUCUCUCACGCGCCCUCUCACGCUCUCACACGCGCUCUCUCACAUGCUCUCUCAUACGCAACCUCACGCGCUCUCUCACGCUCUCUCUCACGCGCUCUCUCGCACGCUCUCUAA